CCCGGAAUAAAUGGAUAUUCCCGUCAAGUAGUCCGGGCUUCACCGGAACAUCCUUCUCCACUUUCGGUGUGCCGACCGGCAUCCCAAUUCAGGCACCCUAGACCGGCACCGGCAAACGAGUGCAUUAUCUCAUCAAUGUCCAAGUCAACUACAGGGCGUACUCUCCCUAUAAAUAACUAGUGAAUUACUGUCGCUUGAAGACGAUAGACAAGCAUCAUUCACUCAUCAUUAUCAUCAUCAUUAUCAUCAAGAAAACCCCUUCCAGUUCACUGUCAAAAUGAGCAAGAUCUCCGACUUUGACCUCCUCUCCUUCGACGUCUAUGGCACUCUCAUUGACUGGGAGACCGGCGUUUUGAAUGGCCUCAAGCCCCUUCUCCAGUCCAACAAUGCCGAAAUAUCUCGGGCAGAUCUUCUGAAGAUCUAUCAUGAGGCUGAAGUUGCUCAACAGGAAAAGACUCCUGACAUGGAGUAUUCUGAACUUCUGACCACCAUCCACCCUCAUGUUGCAGAGCGUCUCGGCUUCCCUAAACCCACACCUGAAAAAAACAAGGCCUUUGGCGAUUCAAUUGGAUCAUGGCCUGCAUUUCCUGACACUGUUGAUGCUCUUCGUCGACUCGGCAAACAUUACAAGCUCGUUGUUCUGUCUAAUGUCGACCGCGAGUCCUUCUCCGGCAGCAAUGCAGGUCCUCUUCAAGGCACUCCCUUUGACCUGAUCAUCACUGCACAAGACGUUGGAAGUUACAAACCUAACCUGAACAAUUUUAAAUAUAUGCUGCGGGAAGUGGAGGCCAAAUUUGGUAUUCCCAAGGAAAAGGUGCUUCAGACUGCGCAGAGCCAGUUUCAUGAUCAUCAGCCCGCAAAAACAGAUGGGCAUCAAAUCAAGCUGGAUUGAGAGACCCGGAGCUAGUAUGGGCAACACAAAGGAUCCCGUAUAUAACUGGAAGUUUGCCACUCUUGGGGAUAUGGCUGAUGCGCUGGAGAAGGAACUUGCUGGCCAGUAAAUAAGCCUGAACUUGAUGUAAAUCAUGUAAUGUAGGCCAGCUAUGGAAAAACUGUUAAACCCUUAAUCUUUACAUAGUCCGUCCACUUCAACUCAACGUAUUCAAGUAUUUAGCAAAAGUCAUGAACCCUUCUCAACGUGACUCAGACUGAUGCCGAGCCAGUCUCGAAUGUAAAGCCAGAAGCCGCGUUAGUUUAUGACAACGGAGCUAAAUCAAAACCAAGUCUUUAUAUCUGGC